CGGUUUUGUACUGCAAAGAAACACGAUAAUUGAGCCGGUGAAUUUCCACGACCGUUUUGUGGUACAAGAAACUUUCAGUGCUGUGGGAAAUCGUAUACUCUUUUUUCAAAUUAUCAUACGAUGUGCUAGAUGUUUACUUCUGUAGUUUUUCUGUGCUAAAUUUGAAGUUGCAGAAAUUUUGUCGCGCUUGCAGUACCGCAAUUCACGUGGACGAUUUUAUGGAAAUUUCAUUGAAGAUGUCAAAAAACUGGAUUGUACAAAUCGUUUUAGUUGCAAACAUUUUAUUCUGUAGUGGUCUUAGAUCAGCUGCCAGGGAAAAGAAAGCGAAAUGUCCAACGUGUACUGACAUUGUAGACGCUUUUAAAAAGGGUAAAGAUAAAACAGAGAAAGCUAACUUUGGUGGGGGAAACACAGACUGGGAGGAAAGAAAACUAGGAAGUUAUGCAAAUAGUGAAACAAGAUUAGUUGAAAUUAUGGAAGGGCUUUGUGAUGAAAGUGCUUCUGAGUGCCAUGCAAUGGUUGAAGAACAAGAAGAAACGUUAGAGGAAUGGUGGUUUGAUCAACUUGGUAAAGAUAAAACAGAGAAAGCUAACUUUGGUGGGGGAAACACAGACUGGGAGGAAAGAAAACUAGGAAGUUAUGCAAAUAGUGAAACAAGAUUAGUUGAAAUUAUGGAAGGGCUUUGUGAUGAAAGUGCUUCUGAGUGCCAUGCAAUGGUUGAAGAACAAGAAGAAACGUUAGAGGAAUGGUGGUUUGAUCACCAGUUCAAAAAUAAUGACAUGAAGACGUGGCUUUGUAUUGACAAAUUGAAAGUUUGCUGCCCAGAUGGAACUUUUGGUCCAGAUUGUAAAGGCUUUGAGAGCCUCGGUGCCAGAGGUGAUGGCACUAGGGAGGGGACAGGAAAAUGUUCGUGUGACAGUGGAUAUGAAGGAGACUUGUGCGACGAGUGUGCUGAGUUGUACUUUGAAGAGCAAGAUGAAAAUUCUAAAACCAAAUGUACAGCUUGUCACAAGUCUUGUGCUGAUGGCUGCAGUGGCGGCUCUCAGAAAGAUUGCGAAAAGUGCAAAGCAGGCUGGGAAAUGACAGAUGAGGAUGGCUGUAAAGACAAGAAUGAAUGUGAUGAAGAAGACACAUGUGAAGCUGGACAAUAUUGUGGUGAUGGCACUAGGGAGGGGACAGGAAAAUGUUCGUGUGACAGUGGAUAUGAAGGAGACUUGUGCGACGAGUGUGCUGAGUUGUACUUUGAAGAGCAAGAUGAAAAUUCUAAAACCAAAUGUACAGCUUGUCACAAGUCUUGUGCUGAUGGCUGCAGUGGCGGCUCUCAGAAAGAUUGCGAAAAGUGCAAAGCAGGCUGGGAAAUGACAGAUGAGGAUGGCUGUAAAGACAAGAAUGAAUGUGAUGAAGAAGACACAUGUGAAGCUGGACAAUAUUGUGUAAAUAACCCAGGGUCUUAUGUUUGCGAAGACUGCGACGAUUCAUGUGCAGGCAACUGCACUGGUAAUGGACCCAAGGGAUGUAUUGAAUGUGCCAAAGGUUAUGACAAGAGUGAUGAAGAAGGAUGUAAAGAUGUAGACGAAUGUGCUGAGAAUGCGACCCUCUGUGAAAACGGCAAGUUUUGUGACAAUACGCCUGGAUCACACGUUUGUCGAGUCUGUCACUCAGCCUGUGAGACUUGUAUUGGAGAGGGUUCCCAAGGAUGCACGAAAUGCAACACAGGGUACAAAAUGGCAGACAAUGAAUGUAAAGGUAAGACAAGAACAAAAAUUCUCCUGCUACUGAUAUUAGGGUUUAAGGUUAUUCCCCAGUAUUGCAUUGCGCAUCCUUUCAAGCUGUCUCGUUCUGAAGCUCUCUCAACUUUCCCGUCAAAGUUGUAUAAUAACAAGGGAUUUGUAUUAAAGGGCGUGGAUACAGAAAGGUGA